AUGGGAAAGGGCACCGACAAGCUAUACAUCACACACAGCGAGUGGUCGUCUUCUGAUGCCUACUCGGCCAGUGUUGGCGCCGGGGCGGGAUCGCGCGCCCAGAGAGCUGGCGCAAACUUUCGGCGACUUCCCUUCAACUUCUGCGCCGCAAGCCUCCAGCCCUUCAAGAAUCCCGUCUGCACUCCCCAAGGCACGAUAUUCGACGUCGAGGUCAUCAGCUCAUGGCUCGAGAAGAAUGACACCAACCCCGUCAACGGCGAGCCUCUCAAUCCCAAGGACCUGAUCAAGCUCAACUUUGCCCGCAACGCUGAUGCCGAGGUGGACUCCAAUGCUGGCCCGACGGAUGGCAAAGGGGACAUGAUAGACCCAGUGACUUUCAAGGUCUUCACUGACAACACGCACAUCGUCGCGAUACGGCAUGGCACAUAUGCAAACGUCUUCGCUUGGGAGACUGUCGAGCAGAUGAACAUCAAGCAGAAGAAUUGGCACGAUUUGGUUGAUGACAAAGAGUUUGGCCGUAAAGACAUCAUCACCCUGCAGGAUCCCCAGAACGCGGCGUCCAGGAAUUUGAGCGAGUUCCAGUAUCUCAAGGAUGGCGGUGACGCAUUGUUGACGCCUGAACAAUUAGAGGAAAGGAAGCAGGGUACAGUGAACGUCGACGCGCUAGGGAGAAUCGGAGACAAAGUAUUACGGGCAAAAGAGGCGGUCGAAAAAGCGAGGCGGGAGAGGGAGACAGGUGGGGAUAUCAAUCGCUCCGCCAAAGCACUACAAAAGUCAUCUUCAGCAACGACGUUCAAGAAGCCUGCAAUACAGGAGAGGAAGCUGGCUCACAAUGCUGCCACAUACACGACAGGUAGAGCAGCCGCGAGUUUCACAAGCACCGGCCUCACACCCGAGACAAGUGGAGAGAGAGCCAUACUUUCGGACGAGGACUGGAUGCUGAAGCCUAAGAAAAUCAAAAUCAAGGGCUACGCUAGGCUGGAGACCAAUAUCGGAGAGUUGGUCAUUGAGCUACAGACUGAAACAGCGCCCAAGGCUGUGUGGAAUUUCGUCAAGCUUGCACAGAAGGGCUACUACCGUGGGGUGCCUUUCCAUCGCAACAUAAAGAAUUUCAUGAUCCAAGGCGGCGAUCCCACCGGCACCGGCAAGGGAGGGCAAAGCAUUUGGGGGAAGAAUUUCCAAGAUGAAUUUGAUGGUCCUCUCACGCACAGCGAGCGUGGGGUUGUGAGCAUGGCAAAUAAGGGGAAGAACACGAACUCGAGCCAGUUCUUUAUCACAUAUAAGCCAGCGAAGCACCUUGACCGGAAACACACGAUUUUUGGUAAGGUUGUGGACGGCCUGGAUACGCUGAACAAAAUGGAGACUGUGCCAGUUGAUGAGGGCAGCCGUCCGUUGAAAGAAAUAACCAUCAAAGAUAUCGUCGUGUUUCUGGACCCUUUUGAGGAGUUUCUGAAGGAGAAGGAUCAGACCGAGAGAGCAGAAGCUGAGAAGGCUGAGCUCAAGCGUCAAGGCGGCACUGACGAUGACAAGACCACGUGGACAGGAAAGCGCAUCCGUGGAGACGGCACCGUCGAACAGGCUGGCAGCGGUGUUGGGAAGUAUCUGAAGUCGUCCCGCGCAGACCAAAGUGAAGCUCCCACCGUAGCAGACGACCUAAAUGUUGAGGCGUGGGAGCCUUCCAGGAAAAAGGUCAAGACAGGCGGCUUUGGAAACUUUGAUAAUUGGUGA